CGUGACCCGCGGGCGGGCAGCGCCGGCCGCGCCAUGACGGGAAAAUCGGUGCGGGACGUGGAGCGCUACCAGGCGGUGCUGGCCGGGCUGCUGGCCGAGGACGAGAACAAGUUCUGCGCCGACUGCCAGGCCAAAGGGCCACGAUGGGCGUCCUGGAAUAUCGGGGUGUUCAUCUGCAUCCGCUGUGCCGGGAUCCACAGGAACCUGGGAGUUCACAUAUCCAGGGUCAAAUCCGUCAACCUCGACCAGUGGACGCAGGAACAGAUUCAGUGCGUGCAGGAGAUGGGGAAUGGCAAAGCCAAUCGUCUCUACGAAGCCUAUCUGCCCGAGAACUUCCGGAGGCCCCAGACAGACCAAGCCGUGGAGAGUUUUAUCCGGGAUAAAUACGAGAAGAAGAAAUACAUGGACAGAAGCAUCGACAUCAACGCCUUCAGGAAAGAAAAGGACGACAAAUGGAAAAGGAGCAACGAGUCGGAAAGGAAACUGGAGCCCAUCAUCUUUGAGAAGGUGAAAAUGCCUCAAAAGAAAGACGAAACGCAGCAAUCCAGGAAAAGUUCCCCCAAAUCUGAGCCAGUCAUGGACUUGCUGGGCCUGGACGCCCCGGUGACAACGCCCGUCACCAACGGCCGGCCCAGCAGCCUGGAGAAGGACCUGGACCUCUUCGCAUCCGUGGGAUCCAGCUCGGAUUCCAGGAAGGUCGUUGGUUCCAUGCCAACCUCCGGCAGCGCCGGCUCCGUUCCCGAAAACCUGAACCUCUUCCCGGAGCCCGGAGGCAAAGGGGAGGAAGUGGGGAAGAAGCAGCUCUCCAAAGACUCCAUCCUGUCCCUGUACGGCUCCCAAACGUCCCAGGUGCCGGCACAAGGAGCGAUGUUCAUGGCGCCGGCCCAGCUGGGCUAUCCCGCCCCUCCCUACCCCGGCUUCCCAGGAGUUCCCCCUUCCAGCAGCAUGCUGGGGGGCGUGGUGGCCCCGUCCGUGGGGAUGCUGGCCCAGCCCGGAGCCGCCGGCAUGGUGGCGCCGGUGGCCAUCCCGGCGGGAUACGUGGGCAGCGUGCUGGGCGUUCCCAACGGGAUGAUGGGCGCCCAGCCGCCCGGCUACGUGGCCGCCGUGCCCCAGGCCGUGUACGGGGUCCAGCCGCCGCAGCAGCUGCCGUGGAACCUGGCCCAGGUGACGCAGCAGAUGGCCGGGAUGAACUUCUACGGAGCCAACGGAAUGAUGGGCUAUGGACAGUCCAUGGGAGGAGGAGGAGGAGGAGGAGGAGGAGCCCAGGGCAGCAAUCCCUCCCUCAGCUCCCCGCUGUGGAAAUGAGCCCUCGCUCGCACCUGACCAUUUCUGCCUUUGUUCCGUUCUCCAAACCCGCUCCACGAGACAUUCAGGGGUUUGGGGGUUUUGGGGGUUUUUUUUGUUUUGUUUUGUUUUUUCCUUUCGGGUUUGGCGACCCAGCCCAACCCGAAUUUUUUUUUAUUAUUAUUUUUAUUUUUUCCCCAAUCCCUGAGCUCCAUCUCUGCCUUUUCCACUGUCACAGCCACGGGGACGGCUCGGCGUCCUCAGCACAGUCAAUGCACGCGGGGAGAGGAUCCCUCCCCGCACAAAGAGCUCCUGGGUAGCACUUGAUGCCCUGCUGGGCACCUGGGCACAGGUGGGGCUGGGAAUUCUGGACUGAAUCCCUCCCAGAAAGCUGGGAAUUUCUCACUUCAACUCCAGUGUUAGGUUUGGGUUUUGUGGGUUUUUUUUUUUUUUUUUUUUUGGGGGUAGGGGGAAAAAAGUAGGGUUGGGGGGCGGAACUUGGUUUGGUGCUGAGGAACUGGAUUUAAGCUGAGCCCAGGGGCAAGCGAGCCUUGCUACCUCCUCCCUCGAGCGGAGCUCUCCCUGCUCCCGCCCUCCUUGGAACCAAAGUCCUUGGGAAAAGCCCCUCUCCCACCCGCCCUGAGCAAGCAGGAAUCUCGCCCGGAGCGGGGGCAAAGCCGACGGAAUGUGAAAAACUUGCACUGCGGAGGGAAUUUUCUGGCUGGUGUUGGGAUUUGAUGGAAUUUCACUUUUAACAAUCUAACCAGAGUUAAUUCUCCGGGGCCCAGAGCCCCGUGCAAGUUUUCUUACGCUUUUAAAAAUGACUCUGAUGUCCUAAUUUAUACUUUUUUCGUAUUAUUGUUUGUUUUUUUUUUUUUUCCCUCUCCGUUUCGUUUCGUUCUUGUUGUCGUUGUUCCUGUGUGAAAUCCCGGUUUUCCCCCCCUCCCCUUUUUCCUGGCUCGCUUGGGACAUUUUAAUCUUAGGCAGAUUUCUUUUCUCAUCUCCAGUAGAACCCAAAACUGCUUCAAAAGUCAGCAAGAACUCGGACUUGUGGUCUGCCCUCUCCUGUGGAUAUGUAAAUUCCCAAAUAAAAUAUUGCAGUGGA